UAUUAACUUAACCACCAACAUUUUGAUUUGUAUUAUUAUUACGAAAUGCUCAAUUGUAAACAAAACAGUCCGGGAAGUCAUUUUGAAAUGUGGACUUUUUGUAAGGCCUGCCACAAUCGCACACAAAGUCUGCUUUUUGACCAAAAGCUCUUGGUAAUCAUUAACAAUGCUGAAGCUAGAACAACUUCAACAGUAUACUUUUGUUGUUACUGGCUUCAGGACAAAAUGGACAUAAGAUGUCUUGCUUUAUGGGCUGUGGUUCAGUGUCUCUUUGCAGCUGUGAAUGUUACCAAUAUUCGAGGCUGCCCCCCUCUGAACAUCCUGAAUGGUUACUUUGUCUCUGAUCAAAACUCACUGUACAAGGACACACAGCUGUACUAUGCCUGUGAUGAGGGCUUUAUGCCAGUGGAAGGCAGCUGGUGGGGAACACUCACCUGUCAAAAUGGACAAUGGUCUUCAAAACCAGGGUGUAUUGAGAAUACGGCCUGCUUUGAUCCAAAGAUUGACAAUGGCAUCUAUGAAAAAGCCACAGUGUACCUAAACAACACUACACUGAGAAUAAAAUGUAAGCCUGGAUAUGCGGACAAGAAAAGCCAUGCUGUAGCCCAGUGUGAAAACGGACAAUGGAAGAAGUUACCAGUCUGUGACAAGCAAGACACUUCGUGUGGGCCACCUCCACGAAUCCCAAACUCUGUCAUAAUUAACAAGGAAUACAGUGAUAUUUUUCCCGUGGAGACAGAAGUGUUCUACAAAUGUCAGACUGGAUUUGAACUGCACAUGGAUACAAAUAAUUCUGUGUGCAGCCAUGGCCAGUGGUAUCCACGUCCUUCAUGCAGGGAAAAACAGACACACCAGGACAGGACGGAGUCUGGAGGUAAAGCUGCUCCAAUCCCCUCUGGGUCUAAGGACAUUCAUCUGCAACUAUUCACUAGAAUCAACAGAUGUGGCCAUAUUCCCCAAAUAAACUUUGGAUCUUUGACUAUUGAUGAAGGUCAGAUGUUUGUGUCAUAUCAAUGUGAUCAAUGGUUCAAACUCAAAGGAAACAGCAUAGUGAGAUGUUUCAAUGGCCAGUGGACCCAACCACCCACGUGUGAAGUUGACUACUGUAAGCUGGACACUUCUAAACAUGAGCAUCUGACCAACAUGGGCAAUGUUUAUAUUAAAAGUGGAACCAAAAUGAAAUUGCAUUGUCCUGGUAUAUUUCGCAAUGCAUAUGCCAAAUGCCUUGAGAACCAACUGCAUUUGUCUGACUGUUGUUUGGGUUUAACACAUUCCAUGAACAUGUGUGAUUAUAGUCCAAUACAGUAGUGACCUGUGGAAAAAAACUGGUGCUCACUGACGGAAAACUGCACAUCCCAGUUGAAGACGUAUACAACGAUAACAUCUUGAUUGCUGUCAAGUGAUUUUCCAUCACUAACAUUUAUUUGUAACUACAGAAAAAAGUUGGGGAAACAUAAUUUAGUAGUUUAGUACUUUAUUACGUAACAAGUGCGUCCAUUCACAGUCCAUUAUGUGAUGUACAGAAUAAAACAUAAUUGUUUCUCUUGAA